AUGUUUGAAAACGUGAAAAAUCGCGAUGAUGAGAUAUCGUUGCUGAUUACGUCGGGAUUAUGGUUGGUUGUAGGGACUGACUAUUUAGCCGUAAAUUUGUACGAAAAUGUAAAAUUUUGGGAUCCGGGUUGUCCCAGCAACGACUGGACCCCCCAAGAAGGGCAGCCAUCGUAUGUCGAGGGCUUCGAAGCUAACGCAAGCCACGCCGGAACGUACAAAUGUGUCCAUGAUAGGAAGUUAUUCCUGAAAAAUCUUAUCGUUAUAAGCAAGCCAUUGGGAAUAACGGUGACUCCACCAGACAACAUCUUACACGAGAGGAGCCUCACAAUUCGAUGUGCAGUGGAGGCCACAGUCGGAGAGCUCUGGUUCGAAAACUCGCUGACGCUUUCUAAUGUCGGCCUGCUAAUAUAUGGGAGAUACAACGAAACUUAUUUGGAAGAUACUUUUACAGAUAUUCCUGUGUUGGAGGCUUAUUAUUAUGGAUUGGCUGACCGCAGGUUGGAGAAUAACGUUACCUGCCAGUGGACGUUCAAAAAGAAUCAAUUUGAUCAUGAAUUUUUGCACGUUGUCUGGAAGAAAAUUGUGGUUUAUGGUUUGAAAUUUUUUCUCUUGAAUGAAUCAAAAUUAGCACAGCCGAAAUCAAAUUCUCUCCUGCAAACAGAGCCAGUAAAUAAUGUGACGAUUUCACCGCAAGCAGCGACAGUCGGUCGGAGAAUUUAUUGUACAUCAAAUGGCUUCCCACCUGCCGAUACUUACAAAUUGGACUGCUACAGAGCCAACGACACCGCCAUAGAUGAAAACAACAGACAACUUUUUUACGAAAAACACUAUAAUUUUUUCAUUUUCAGGCUGAUGGGCCGAUAUAACUGCAGCUGUCUGGUUCACAAUCAUGUUAAUGAUAUCACCUUCAAAGCUGAAGGACGUCGAAUGCUUCUGAUGCUGCAGGGUAAAGAGUUUUUUUAA